GAAAACCGUUCGGCAAACACCUCGUCCAGAGAUCAAAAUUUUCAAAUAUUUUCUCUAGUAUUGCAAUAGAAAAUACGACAUGGCGGUUCGACCUUUUGGGCCCGGUCCGGGUGCUUACCAGCUGCCAACCACGGUUGGUUUUGACAAGCAUGAUUCUCGUAAGCAACGAAUGCCCCAGUAUUCCUUUGGCGCACGAACGGGCCUGUCGGGUAGGAAUCCUGGACCCGGAGCCGGUGCUUAUCAGGUCGACAAGCUGACACGUUAUGGCAAGGGUGGGGGUCUGGAAUUCUCUAUUGCGCCUAGGACCAACUUAAUUGAUAAGAGAGUUGGCCCUGGGCCAGGCGCUCACGAUGUACAUAUAAAGCCAUUCUUUACGGGCGUUAAUGCUCCCGCUUACUCAAUUGGUAUGCGUACUGAUUAUGCCUUUAAGAAAUACGGACCCGGCCCCAACGCGUAUAAGUUUGAAGUAAAUCCCGUCAAGCCGGCCGCACCAUCGUAUAGUAUUGGAAUGCAAACCAAAUUCAUUAACAAGCAAAUGUCUCCUGGUCCUGCGGCGUAUGGUGCUGGCGAUCUAAAUACCAAAUUGCAUCGCGCGCCUGAAUAUUCGCUAGGACCACGCACAAACCUAAUUAGCAAGAAUGUCGGUCCCGGUCCCAACUACUACGAUCUCAUGUAUUAUCGUCCUGGCAAGACCGGACACUCGUAUUCGUUUGGUACUCGACACUCGCCUUACGCGCCACCGAUGAUUGUUAAAUGCGAUAAUAUUUAAAUAUUUGCAAUAUUAGGGAAAUAUGUAUUCAAAAUUUUUUGUAUUUAACCAAAUUAAAUUCAUAGCUAAGAAUUGUGUAUGCAACACUUAACUGAAAAUAAUACAAGUUUUCUAGCCUCUA